UUCAUAAGGAUUUAAAAAUUGUUUUGUUAUCGAAUGAGUGAAUGACUACUCGUUGCUUACUGAAGUGUGUCGCGCGCAUUUCUUGGACCGUGAAAUCGAACUGCUGAUAUGAUAAAAGGGCGGAAUUUCCAGUAUGCGAUUUUGAGGAUAUUGGAUGUUGAUCUUGUGAGACAACUGGCGUGGGCGUUGACUUGAGUGACUCAGUUAGUCGUCUUCAGUUUGUCACUAUCAGAGUUUGACUUAAGUGUUGUUGGAGGCGUUAUUGGAGUAACAAGGAAGUUAAAAGGUGAAAGAUGUUAUUGGAAAUAUGGGCAUUUUGUGCCCUAAUUUCGGUUGCCAUUGGGCAGAGCACUACAGUUUCACCCGAUUCAUCUGCCGUAUAUACUGUGAUAGCACCAGCCAAACUAAGACCUAAUAUUCCUUUUCAUGUGAGUGCAUCUGCUCACAAUCUACAAGACCCUCUGGAUAUGAAAAUCGGUAUUGAAGGUCCAGCAGAUAAUGGACAAUACAAUAGCAUCGGGAAACAAAUUACCUUAAAUUCUGGUGAAACUCAAAUAUUGAAUUUUGAGAUUGGCGAAUGGAGUUCUGGAAAUUAUAGCCUCAUUGUGUCGGGCGAAGGUGGCAUGACAUUUGAAAAUCAAACAAUUUUAACUUAUGAGCAUAAAAGCUAUUCUGUGUUUAUACAGACAGACAAGGCAAUUUACAAGCCUGGGGACCUAGUUCAAUUCAGAGUACUUGUGGUCAAUCCUCAUCUUUUACCAUCUGUUACUGGAGCAAUUAAUAUGUAUAUUACUGAUUCAAGUGGGAAUCGAAUCAAACAAUGGGGCAAAGUUUUCACUCAAAAAGGUAUUGCUUCUGCUGACUUGCUCUUGUCUGACCAACCAGUCCUUGGAGAUUGGACAAUUAAUGUAGAUAUUUUGGGCCAAAUGUUCAAAAAGACCUUUACUGUUGCUGAAUAUGUUCUCCCAAAUUUUGAAGUGCAACUAUCAUUACCACCAUAUGUCACUUAUAGCAAACCAGAUUUUGUUGCAACUGUUACAGCAAAAUACACUUAUGGUAAACCAGUUAAAGGCCAUGUGAAGUUGAUGGUUAAACCAUCCUUAAGAUUUGGUUACUUGUCAAAUGAAAAGCCAUCUGUUACUGAAGCUGAGAUUGAUGGGUCCAUUGACAUACCAAUGAAUUUAGUUCGCGAUUUGAAUCUUAAGGAAGAAACAUUAACUUUGGAAAUCGAUGUAGUUGCCGAGGUCGAAGAAUAUCUAACCAAAAGAAAAUACAAUACUUCUAGUGUGAUUAAAAUGUAUGACAGAGAUAUUAAAGUUGAGCUGGUGAAAUCAUCUGAAUCUUAUAAACCUGGAUUGAAGUAUACUGCUCAUCUGAAAGUCUGUUAUCAAGAUGGCACACCUGUUGUUGUAACUAAUGGAGAUCAAAUUGUCUUGAAAUAUGGCUACACUUAUGAUGAUCGUGAAUGGGAGUCGCGUCGAAUUGCUGUUCCAAGCAAUGGCUUAGUGAAUGUGGACUUUUAUCCCCCAGUAAAUGCAAAUGCUUCCGCCUUGAGUAUGAGUGCUGAAUUCCGAGGCUUUGAGUACCAUUUAGAAAAUAUUGAAACAGCUAUGUCCCCCAGCAAUAGUUUUGUCCAAGUUUUGUUAAGAACCGAGAAUCCAACAGUUGAUAAAGAAAUAGAGCUUGAAAUCAAUGCUACUGAACCUCUUUCUCAUCUAGUCUAUGAGGUUUUGGGACGUGGCGAUAUUGUGCUUGCUAAUGCUAUAGCAGUUCCCAAUGUUAAAACAUACAGAUUUUCAAUUCCUGUCACCUACAAAAUGGCUCCCAAAGCUAGAGUUAUAGUAUUUUAUGUUAGACCAGAAAACAAUGAGAUUGUGGCUGAUUCAGUAAAUUUUGAUGUUGCUGGAGUAUUUAGGACUCCAGUAAGUGUUACCACCAAUGUAAAAGAAACGAAGCCAGGUGCCCCUGUUAAUGUAACUGUAUUCACCAGACCAAAUGCCUUAGUUGGCCUUCUUGGAAUUGAUCAAAGUGUAUUGUUAUUGAAGACUGGAAAUGACAUAACUAAAAAUGAUGUGACUACUGAACUUGAAACUUAUGAUGGAGGCAAAAAGAAGAUGCGAUACCAUCCAUUUUAUCGCAAGAAGCGUUCUCUCUGGUGGCCUGGAUCAGCUACUGCAUAUGAAGUCUUUGAUGAUGCUGGUGUUGUUGUGCUGACUAAUGGAUUUGUUUAUAGAUACAUUCAACUAAUCAGCUAUAGGUCUCAUGAUCCUUGGGAAACUUUUGAUGAUGAAUUAAAUGCUGUUGACACAAUGAUGUACAAUCAUGGAAAUGGUAAAGGAUCUAAACCUCUUGUUCGUAAACACUUCCCUGAAACAUGGAUCUGGGAUCUGGCACCAGCAGGAAAUGAUGGCAAGCUGGCUUUAUCAAAAACUGUACCAGAUACUAUCACAUCUUGGAUCAUCAGUGCAUUUGCAAUGGAUCCAGUAAAUGGUUUGGGAAUAGCUUCAGAGACAUCAAAGGUCACAGUGUUUAGGCCAUUCUUUGUGAAGCUGAAUCUUCCAUAUGCUAUAAUUAGAGGAGAAUCCUUAUAUCUAGAAGUUAUUGUAUUUAAUUAUCUCAAGAAACCAUUAAAGGCUGAUGUUACCUUAGAAAACAAGAAUAGAGAUUUUGAAUUUACUGUUGCUGGAGACAAGAAAGCUGUUUCACAAGAUCAGAUGACAAAGUCUGUCGAGGUACCAGCUGAAGAUGGCAUUUCUGUUCUUUUCUUGAUUACUCCAAAGACAUUAGGUUAUAUAGAUUUGAAAGUUUCUGCUGUGGCUGAUAUAGCUGGUGAUGCAGUCGUCAAAAAACUUUUGGUUAAGCCUGAAGGAACUCCAAAAUACUUCAACAAAGCUCUUUUAGUUGACUUAAGAGAUUCAAACUCAAAAGUUAUGGAUAAAACUGUGCAAAUAAGUGUUCCUAAUGAUGCAGUUCCAGGUUCUACAACUGUGACCUUAUCUGCUAUUGGUGAUUUGUUGGGACCUACCGUGAAUAAUUUGGACAAACUACUUAGGAUGCCCCAAGGAUGUGGAGAACAAAAUAUGUUGAACUUUGUGCCAAAUAUUGUCAUCACCAAGUACUUAAAACGGGUGAACAGGCUGACGCCUACAAUACAAAAGAAAGCAAUGAAUUUCAUGGAAAGUGGUUAUCAGAGAGAAUUAACUUAUCGAAGAAAUGAUGGAUCAUUCAGUGCUUUUGGAAAUAAUGACAAAAAUGGAAGUACAUGGUUAACUGCUUUUGUCGUGCGUUCUUUCCAUCAAGCCAAAGAAUUCAUGGAAAUAGAUGAAAAUGUAAUGAAUGGAGCUUUGGAAUGGUUGGCAAGACAACAGAAAGCUGAUGGUUCUUUUGGUGAACCUGGAGAAAUUCAUCAUAAGGCUAUGCAAGGUGGAUCUGGUGCUAAAAAUGCUUUGACAGCCUAUGUUCUUUUGGCUUUCUUAGAAAAUCAGGCACAGAAAACAUUUGGCCAAGAAAUGGACAAGGCAGCUAAAUUCUUGUCUCGAGAAUUAAAGAAUUCCCAAGAUCCAUACUUUGUUUCAAUUGUAACUUAUGCAUUCCACUUAGCUGAGCACAGCGAGAAAGAUGUGGCUUUACAGAAACUUCUUAGUCUGUCAACUAGAGGUGUUGAUACUAUUAAUUGGCAGAAACCUGAAGAAAAAUCUGGAUCCUAUUAUAUGCCACAAUCCCAGGAUGUUGAAAUGACAGCUUAUGCCCUUCUCACAUACACUGUUAGAGGUGAUGUUGCUGGAUCUUUACCUAUUCUAAGGUGGCUCAUUUCUCAACAGAAUGAAAACGGUGGAUAUUCAUCUACUCAAGAUACUGUUGUUGGAAUUCAAGCUUUAGCUGCUUUAGGAAUGAGACUGGCUUCAACCUCCAUCUCCAUUAACAUCACUUACAGCUUCAACGACAUGAUGAGGAAGACUUUAUCCAUCAAUUCAGAUAAUGCCAUGGUUCUACAAAAAGUUAUUCUCCCAUCUGAUACAAAAUCUGUUAGCUUUCAAGCUGAAGGAUUUGGUGUUGCAAUUGUCCAGGUAACAUGGUCUUAUAAUCUUGAGUCAUCAGAAAAGGCUCCUGCCUUUUCCCUGAAACCAGUUUUAGGCAAAGCUUCCACAGAUGAUUACAUGGAACUUGAUAUUUGUACUCGUUACAAAGAAGAUGGCUCCAGUAACAUGGCUGUAAUGGAAGUUGGUUUGCCAUCUGGUUUUCAAGCCGAUACAGAAACCCUCCCAAUGAUCAAGAAGUUGCAGAAGAUCAAGCGAGUUGAAACACAAGACGGUGAUACUAAUGUUGUCAUCUACUUUGACAGAAUUGGAGGUGAAGAACUAUGUGUUAAUGUCCCUGCAUACAGGAAUCACAAAGUUGCUAAUCAGAAACCAGUGCCAGUGAAAGUUUAUGAUUAUUAUGAUUUGUCCAAGAGUGCGAGAAUGUUCUAUGAACCUAAAGCCAUCAGUCUUUGUAAUGUCUGUGAAGGUCAGGAUUGUGGCAGCGGCUGCAAUGAGCUUCCUGAUGGUGUGAAUUCUUCCCCAUCCCUUAUGUUCAACAUGUGUGCAAUGUUAAUAUCGCUCAGCGCUAUAUAUUUCAUGAGAGUGGCCCAUUUAGUAGCUUAUUAAAAACCUCUAGUGAUGGAAAAACUCUGCCACCCUGCUAUCAUUACAUCAUGGCAAGUUUGGUAUUUUUAAGUGGGUCGAUAUCAAUAGAUUUGAUGAAGUGAUAUUUUGUACAGUUAAGUAACGACAAUGCCUACCGAAGAACUUGCAUGAUGCAUCUUGAAUUUUAAGUUUUAUUCAUUUCAGUGUUAAUUGCUGAAGAUGAGACUAGUAGUGAAAUAUCACUGAACUUUAUUUCAUGACCAUAAUGUGUACCAUACUGUCCAUGAAUAUUUUUCUUUUGUAAAUUAUUUUACAUAGAAGCUUUGAUAACAUUCCAUAAUUUUUUUUUUCUGUGUGGAAUCUUAAAACUAUCUUCAUGUGUUUGUGUCCAACUUAAUGCUAUCUUUUCAUGUAUAAUUUUUAAAUAGAUUUUAUGUUAAGUUCUUUUUUCCAAGUUGGUGCUUGUAAGUUUGUACUAAUCAUCCGAGAUAAAAUGAAAAAGUUAAGCAUCUUAAAUAGAAUUUUUAAAAGAAGAGAUGGCAUUUAAAGAUUUGAUAUUUAAUUAAUUAAUAUGAGCCUCUUUCUUUUGGCUUUUGGGAUCCUUUGGGUUUCUCUAGUCAUUUCCAGGAUUCCAAUGCCAGAUUGUACUUUUAAGAUGCUUAAUUUUUUAAUGUAAUUCUGUGUUUUUAUUUUUCAAACUGAGAAUUCAGGAAUCAAGGUUUUAAACAUGGAUUAAAUUUAAUUCUAAAAUCAAAAACGCUGAAUAUUAAACAUAUCUUGUUGAAUCACUUAUUAGAAUAUAAAAUGUUAAGGCAGCUGUGUCAAAUUAUGCACCGAUUUUUAAAUGCAGUUAAGUGUGCUGGCAUAUCAUGAGCAGAAGUUAAGGAUGAAAUUUAUUAUGUUUCAUCUACUGUGAUAAAAUAUUUUAAAAAAAUGUUCUUAUUUUUCAUACAUUAAAAACAUCAGUAAUCUAAAUACAAUUAUCAUUUUUUAAAAAACAAGUGUUUAUUUAAAAAUGACCUUAGCCAUCAUUUUAUAUAUAUUGGAUAUUAAAUUCAUGUUCUUGAUUCAUUAAUGUAUUUUUGUUUUAGGAAGUUAAUGAUAUGAUUGUAGAUUAUAAAUUUUUUUCAAUAAAAUAUUUUAAAAUUCA